AUGACGGACCGACUAUUGCCCGACGAAGAAGCCGAAGAGCAGUCUGGGGCCACGCAGCGAGGCGCAUUCGAGGCGCUGCCCGAUGAAGUCACCUUCCACGUCAUGUCCCUCCUCGGCGGGCCGGCCGACUUGCUCUACUCUGUGGGCAUGCUCAACACCUGGUGGCGCGAUUUUGUCGUUGACGAUGCCCUGUGGAAACGGUUGUUCCAUUUUCACUUUCCAGCACACCGAUGGAUGGGCGAGACGGUGCAAUGGAUUCCUACAGCCAACUGGCAGUCCAACUUCAAGCACUAUCGGGCCCUAGAAAGGAAUUGGCGGGACGGGCGGUGUCUGUCGGUGAAGACGUUCUCCGACUCGGACACGCUCUCGGCAGAGGAGCGAGGGUUCGUGUUGAGCGGCAACGAAUCGGGAGAGAUCACGCAAUGGACCAUCAACAGCGGAAAACAGACCGCCAAGAUCGAGGCACACGACGGGCUUGUGCGAUGCAUGAGGCUGAUCGACAAUGACUCGAAGCUGGUGUCGUGCGCCGAUGAACGGGUGAUCAAGAUGUUCGACCUCGACAAGAGAGGAAAGCUCAUCCAGAAGUUCGAGGGUCACAGGGGCGGGCCGUGGAUGAUGCAGAUCGAGGGCAACAGGAUGAUCUCACAGUCGCUGAAGGAUAUCCGACUGUGGGACCUGGAAAAUGCCAACUGUGUGCUUAGUAUCCCCACAUCGGCCUACUGUGCCGAGAGCGGCCGCUGCUUCCAGUUUCAGGGAGAUCGCCUGGUCUCGGGUUCGGAUAUCGGCUCGGUUCAUGAGUGGGACCUUCGCACCGGCAAGCUGGUGGGUGGAGGCCAUGUCACGUACGGCAUCAUUCAGAUCUAUGAUGGCGGCAAACUGCGCACAACCCUCAACGCCCACACAGGUUCUGUACGCGAACUGCAAUUCGAUACGAUGAAGCUGGUGAGCGGUUCACGAGACUGCACCAUCCGCGUAUUCGACCUUACGCGCCUUGAAGAAUUCGCUGACGAGGGUGAGCGGCCACUGCAGUCCCCAGCCAAUUCGCUCCACAAUGCCCUAACGGUGCGGAGCAAGAGCUACCGCACUUCGUGGUGGGAGUACCAGGCGCAACGCAACACGCCGACCGCGUCCGUUCGAUCCACUGCUCUUCGCGACGCAUUGUUUCCGGCGGUACCCUUCCCAGAGCCCCUUGAGCAACUCACAAGCUUCGUCACUCAUCAUCUCAAUGUGUCUGUGACAGCCAACGACAAGACCGUCAAGAUAUGGUCUUUCCUCGAAGACGAAUGA